AGCUUUCGUUUGCCUCGUAGCUCGCAGUCUGGCGUCGCUGGCCGACGUAACUGGUGCAUUUUAAUCGGUUCCGGGGGGUUGUCAAACAGAAAAAAAAAAGGGUGACCUCGUCACUUCGACCUCGUGUAUUAUUCCGCGAAAAUCCAUCGUUCCCCGAACUCCAAUUUCAUUUUCAUUUCAACUCAAUCGCGACGUCGGGACUUGAAUGAUCGCGAUAUCGCGGAGGGGACGAUCCGGAGACGAAUCCACUAAAUGUGAUGAUAAAGUGACACAAGUGAUCGUUGAAAAGUCGUUGUCGUUGAUCAAUUUAUAUUUCCCGACGCACCCCGCACUUUUCACUUAAUUUCGACCUGUGAAGGUGCGCCGGAAGUCAACCGCCGGAACAUGGCGCUGUUACCUCGAGUGUCGUACACCCGCAUAUUCAAGUGCUCAAUGUGAAUGGAAAUUGUCGAAUUAUUUUUAUCUCCAUUCACGACUUAUUUGGAUUUUCAGUCCCCUGGGAUUUUCAUUGCUCCGAGUCAUUGUUAAUGAGGAACUCCAGCCACUGGCCGACCGGAAGUGCGCGGAGAGUUUGAUGUACUCGGCGUUGGUGAUAUUCAAUCUGAUGUACCGAUGAGAUUAAGCUGAGAAAUAGAAAAAAAUCAGAGGGCAGGAUGGGCUCUUGCAGUGUGUACUUUUCUCAACUCCGGGCGAUGCUCGUGAGAAAUUUACUACUCAAGAAACGGGAGAAGCGAAAGACAACUGCGGAGGUUUUCCUUCCUCUGUGGACCCUUGGAAUUCUCAUCGUGGUUAAAGUUUUAAUACCAAAUCCAAAUUAUCCUGCCAUGAAGAUGCAACGACAGGAUGGUGAUAUAUUUGAGUUCUUCAAUGGAUAUAGAAACAAUACAAUAACUGUUGUACCAAAUUCAACGGAGACAAUUAGCUUCUUAAAUUCAAUGAACAGUCUGUGGCAGUCGAUGUGGGGUUCUUCAGGAAACCCUCUAAACUUUAUAGUAUUAGAGACUAAGGAUGAUCUCCAAGCAGCUUAUUGGCGCGAUCCAUACAGCAUACCACUAGCUGUUAUAUUUGAGGAUCCACAGCCAAUCAGCCAUCGUUUGCAAUACGAGAUACGUACAAAUCCUUCGUACACAUCACCCCCAUCCCCAACGGAAUUCUAUUCAUCUCCAGUGACAUGUCGAAAGGACACCAGCCACUGGCUGGGAGGAGUUCUCUCGAUAGAGACUGGAGGCUCCUGUCCAGUCAAUGAUUACCUACACUCUGGUUUCAUGGCGCUACAGAUGAUCAUAGACAUGACGAAAAUUCGGCUUGACACGGGCAACAGCGAGGUCACAGUGCCAGAUGUGAAGCUCGAGAUGUUUCCUAAGGAGGCUUACACUGCUGACUGGAUGCUGGCAUUUAGGGUUGUUAUACCACUCUACAUGGUGCUAGCACUUUCACAAUUUAUAACUUAUCUUUUGAUAUUAAUUGUGGGAGAGAAGGAGAAUAAAAUUAAAGAGGGAAUGAAGAUAAUGGGUUUGAAGGACUCUGUAUUUUGGAUGUCGUGGUUCAUAAUCUACAGUAUUUUCGUUCUCGUUCUGUCAGCAGUGGCAGUUGUACUUCUGUUCACUCUCCAGAUGUUCCAACACACUCACUUUCUCCCGAUAUUCCUUCUGGUAGUUCUCUACUCCUUCUCCGUCAUCAUGUUCGCCUUCAUGAUAACCCCCUUCUUCGACAAAUCCCGAACAGCUGGUGUCCUCGGCAACUUCGCCGUGACAAUACUCAGUCUGAUGUACUUCAUCCAAGUAUUUGUCGACGACUCAAGUUCAAUAUCCUUCUGGUUGGUGUCUAUCCUCAGCCCAACUGGAGUCGCCCUUGCCAUGGACAAAGCACUGGUACUGGACCUCCAAGGGGAGGGAGUGAAUUUCGAUAAUUUGUGGUCAGGACCCGGUAUACCAUUUGGAGGUAGCUUAGUAAUGAUGACGUUGGAUAUAUUUCUGUAUGGACUGCUCGCUUAUUACCUAGACUCAGUUGUUCCGAGUGAGUACGGAGUGAAGAGGCCACCCUGGUUCUGCUUCACACGUGGCUAUUGGUGUAAGAAGAAAGUCCAGAGGAUACCGUCGUCAAACGGUGAAUCCAAUUCAUUUAUACCCGAGGAGGAGGCCAAUCGUGAUGUUGAGCCAGUUGUCAGAGAGAUGAAGGGUCGUGAGGCGAUUAGAAUAGUCGAUCUUUACAAAUCUUAUCAGAAGUGUCGAAAACCGGAGGUAAAAGCAGUCAAUGGGAUUAACUUAACUAUUUACGAGGGUCAGAUAACAGCCAUUCUGGGGCACAAUGGCGCUGGGAAAACAACCCUGUUCAAUAUAUUAACGGGAUUGACUGCCCCAACAGCCGGCACUGCUCUGAUAUUUGGAUACGAUGUUAGGGACUCUAAUGACAUGCAGAUGAUUAGAAGUAUGACAGGAGUCUGUCCACAGCAUGAUAUACUUUUCGAUUUGUUGACUCCUCGAGAGCAUCUCGAAUUUUUCGCAGCAGUUCGGGGCAUCCCCCGAUCGGAAAUUGACAUCGAAGUCAAGAAGACCUUGAAGGACAUUGACCUGAUGGAGAAGGCCGACACAUUUGCCAAGUAUCUGAGUGGUGGACAGAAGAGAAAGUUGUCAGUCGGCAUUGCUAUAAUUGGAGAUCCCAAGAUAAUUAUACUUGAUGAGCCAACGGCUGGUGUUGAUCCUUACUCAAGAAGACAGAUGUGGUCUUUCCUACAAUCAAGACGACACGGAAAAGUUAUCCUCCUGACGACACAUUUCAUGGACGAAGCUGAUAUUCUCGCUGAUCGAAAGGCAGUCAUCAGCCGAGGAAAAUUGCGCUGCUGUGGAAGUUCACUGUUCUUGAAAAAUAAAUUCGGCAUUGGUUAUCACUUGACCCUUGUACUAGAGGGCAAUGGCAGGGUUCAUGCUAUAUCAAGACUGGUGACAUCGCACGUUGCGAAAGCUGAGAAGGCCAGGCGCCAUGGAAGAGAACUGAGUUUCAUCCUUCCUCACAAUUCUGUUGAAAAUUUUGCUCCUUUAUUUUCGGCAAUUGAAAAUGAAAUCAAGACGAGAGGUAGCAGACUCGGUAUAAGCAGCUAUGGUGUUUCCAUGACGACCCUUGAGGAGGUAUUUCUACACCUCGAGAAGGACGAGGAGACUGAAUGCACUAUGGACAAUUUGUCGAAGAAGAUGGUGAGAAAUAGAGCGCUCAGCAGGUCAUUAUCAUUGCAAUCGAAAAGUACUUCUUAUCAGAGCCUACAGAAUGAGGGUGCCACUGUGCAGGUUGAUGGACAAGUUAAGGGCGGUGGUGGUGAACCAGAUGGAGUUCAUACUGAUAAAAAUCCAGCUAUUCUAGGCCUUGGACUAGACCCCAUCAAGAUUCGGCCUAAUUUUUUUCAGACACUCUACGCUAUGUUGAGACUCAGAUGUUUGAGAUUGUUCAGAAAUAUUCAGUUGCUUUAUUUUACUAUUGUUGCUCCACUUGCACUCGUCGUACUUGGGUUGUACUUGAAUAGUAUUCAGACUGUCGAAGUUAGAAUGCAGUCACUUGAGCUCAAUAACAAUACGUACGGCAAGGAAACAAGAAUAUUGUAUACUAAUCGCACAGAUCGUGACAUAUUGCCAAUGAUGUACCAGAUCAAUCAAAAUGUCUUUGCAUUGAGAGAAUACGAGGGUAAUUACACGGAUCUUCUGGCCAUUGGUCCACACAUGGCAGUACUAAACAUUGACGACUAUGAUAAACGCCGAAUGAACUUGACCAUAACGUAUAAUGACACCAUGCAGCAUUCAUUGCCAAUUGUUAUGAACAUAAUAUCAAACGCCUAUUACAGAUUUUUGGCUGGCAACGAUGCCUUAACAUUGAUCGAGGUGAGGACCCAUCCGUUCCAGCAGACAUCGCAGCCCCAAGAAUUCAACAUAGGAAUUGCCAGCUCUGCUCUCUUCAUCGGCAUGGACUUUGUCCUAGUUCCAAUCACUCUCGCAGUCGACAUGGUGUACGAUCGUGAGAUCAAAACGAAGAAUCAACUCAGAGUCAAUGGUCUGUCCUUUCCUAUGUAUUUCUUAACCUACUUUAUCGUCCUGGUAUGCCUGAUGUCCUUCAUCUGCCUCUGCAUCCUCGGUAUAAUAUUCCUCUUCGACGUGCCAUCCCUUCAGGAACUGCCAGCAAUUCUGACCCUCGGUAGCCUCCUGAUGCUAUACUGUCCCUCCUCAAUUCUCUUUUCAACCUGCCUCAGCUACAUUUUCGAUAAAAUGGAUUCAGCCCAAAGCAUUCUCCCAAACAUAGCCACCUUCUUCGGUCUGAUACCCUUCAUUCUAGUCAUGAUCCUGGACAUGCUAGGUCUCGGUGGUACAGCAGCAUUCGCCCUUCACUGUGUCUUCUCUCUCCUGAACUCCAUGUACGUUCCCUACGCAGCUGUCUACUACGUCGACCGAGUCCACCUCAUGUGUUCCAUUAACGCGGCUUGUCACCACCUCUCCAUAUCGGAUUACCUAACACCAGAAAUACUGGUGAUGGCUCUAGGUGUUGUCGUACACUGUCCUCUGUGGUUCUUCAUCCUCUUGAUUCUUGAUGUUAAAAAAUCCGGUGGCAAAGUACGUGAAAUUUUCAAAUACUUUGUGACUAAUGGUGGGGCCAUUGGUGAAGAGAUAAUGGAGAACAACGAUAUCGGUGAGCACGAAGAUAUCGAUGUCAAGAACGAACGUCAGAAGGUCUUCAACUUCAUAACAUCCUCCUCAGUUCAAGAACCACCAGUUGUUUUAGUACAAAAUUUGAGGAAAGAGUAUCGACAAAGAGAAACCGGUACCUCCUGUGGCUGCUGCAAUAAGAGUGAUUUACAGCAGGAGCAGGUUAUCCAACCGAAGAAGGUUGUGGUAAGAAAUUUGUCACUUGCUGUGGAACCUGGUGAAGUCUUUGGACUUCUUGGCCACAACGGAGCGGGCAAGACAACCACCAUGAAGAUCAUCAUAGCUGAGGAGGCUGCGACUAGAGGACGAGUCCAGUUAGGUGGUCACAAUAUACAUUCCCAUAUGGCAGAGGCGUUCAGGCAAAUGGGUUAUUGUCCUCAGCAUGACGCCCUCUGGAAGAAUAUAACUGUCAGGGAACAUCUGGAGUUGUACGCUGCACUCAGAGGUGUACCGUGGAAAGACGUCGACAGAAUCGUCGAUCUUUAUCUGUCUGGAUUGCAGAUACAAGAGCACGCUGAUAAGCAAACUCAAGAGUGCUCAGGUGGCACACGAAGAAAGCUCAGUUUUGCUAUGGCUAUGGUAGGUGGGCCAAAGGUUGUCCUCAUGGAUGAACCCAGCACAGGAAUGGAUCCCAGAUCCAAGAGAUUCCUCUGGGAUACCAUUCUUGCUAGUUUUCAGGGGGGCAGGGGGGCCAUUCUCACGACUCAUUCCAUGGAGGAAGCUGACGCACUUUGCUCAAGAGUCGGAAUUAUGGUGAAGGGUGAGCUCAGGUGCAUAGGCUCAACACAGCAUUUGAAGAAUUUGUAUGGGGCUGGGUAUACCCUUGAGAUGAAAUUACUUGGAGGGGAUUCUACGCCUACGACACCCUCGGGCGAUAGAAUUGCCACGCUCAAGGAAUUCGUUGCUGGUCUAUUUCCAGAUGUUACACUUGAGGAGAGCUUUGCUGAUAGACUGGUGUUUGGGGUCCCUCAGCACGCUGUCCAGUCAUUGGCUGAUUGCUUCAUGCAGUUAGAGAAAGCAAAAUUGGAGCUUGAUAUCGAAGAAUACAGCUUCAGUCAGACAACCCUGGAGCAAGUAUUUUUAAAAUUCUCUCACUACGACGAAGUAAGCAGUGAAUUAUAAUGCAAAAAGUUGAUAAUAACCUAGUUAUUGAAAAACGUUCUCGAAGAUUGAAAAAAAAUAGUAAUAAUAAGAUAAGGUAAUCCAUUCCAAGAUUGAAAGGAGACAUUGCCUCGAGUCCAAUAUAUAUGGAGGUGAAUGCGUUAGAGGAAGAGUUUUAUUAAAUUGCCAGAAUUCCCGUGAGUACGAGGCAGGUUUUUUUUCUCUUUCCUUUUUUUUCGUCACGUCUAGUAGUGAAAAAGGGUCGGGGACCACUAGGGGAAUGUGUUCUACGAGUAAUUGAAGAAUAUAAUUUUUAGUGUAGUAAUAAAUUCAGCUUCAGUCAGGAACAUUCCGUAAAAGCCAAAUGGAGCGAGCUCCAAGACUUUUCGACGAAAUGAAUGGCUAAUUAAUUUAAUAAUGAUAAACUAAUGAAUAUUGGAAAUAAAUCCGUCAUUAUUUCUUGAAUGAGACAACGGGAAUGAAAAGACAAGAAAUAUCAUUCUGUAAAUAGCGGCAAUGGCGCCUUGUUAAUUUGUAAUGAAAAUUAUUGAUUCAGAAGUUUAUGUUUAGAAAAUGAGAGAAAAUGAAAAAAUUCACGUAUAUUUUUAUCCUUUCGGACAAUCGUGAGUGAUGAAUUUUCAUACAACUGUGAUUGACAUGAGAUUUCUCAAUCAAUAAACAUGUUUUUAUUUACUCUUAAUAGAACGUCGAUCAUCGAAGAUAAUAAGUGAGCAAAAGAUAAAUAAAUUUUCUCUCCAACUAUUAUUUAUCGAUUGUCCAUUUAUUAUCUUUGGUGUGCGUCCGAGAGUUGCAAUUAAUUGACAGUAGAAACUUUUAAAAAUCCAAAGAAUUUGAUAUGCGUUACGCCCUCCCACCCUCCCUCCCCACAGUGUGCAAUCAGAAUGAGAUCUGUACAUAAUAGCAACUAGAUAUCGUAAAUAUUAACUAUACACAAUUUGACAAAUUUUUUCGCUGCAAUUUCGAAUUAAUAAUUACAAAAUAAUUCGAGUGAAACGCGAAA